CGUCACUUCCGUCAACAAAAGCAGGUGCUUUCGUUUUGAACUUAACUUUCACAAAUUUACAGAAAAUGGAAGAUUCGAAAGAAGAUGAACUUGAUAGAUUAGCCAGGGAAGAAUUAACAAAGGAGGCUAAAAGAGGAGCAGAGAGAGCAAGAGAAAUAGGAGCAUAUGGAUGGGUAAAGAGACCAGGAGCUACAACUGACAAGAAAUUUCUGGGAAAUGUUUUAGUCAGUACUCUCAGAUCGAAUAAGAGAAAGCCUUCACGAGACCAAGAUCACAGACCCCACAGAAGAAAAUAUGAUGAUAAAAGAGACAGUCAUGAACAUUCCCGUCACAGUUAUCAUCCAAGACAUCAUCCACCAAAGUUGGUAAACGGUGGAUAUUUUCGUUACAACGAUCAAAGAAGAUAUUCUCAUUCGGAAAAUGGGAAAAAUGAAGAAAAAGAAUUUUCAGAGAAACAUGCAAGGAUCAUUGACAGAGAUGAUUCUCAGGGAAAUAGAAAAUCAAUGUCUGUAUCUGAUAGACUAAAAGAUGAAGAGAAAGAAGAAAAAAGCAGUGAACAUGAGAAAUCAUAUCAAAAAGAAUUAUGUAAAGAACACAAAAAAGAUUUUAAGAACAAAAAAUGUAGAGAUGAUAAAAAAGAUCGUCAGAAAAAGACAGCAAAAGAAAGAAGGAAGAAAGAAAAAAGCAAGGAAGAGGAACAGUAUAUUCAUUCAGAUGAAGGAAAAGUGAAAAUAACAGGCAAGAAAUCUGAUAGUGAUCUCAUCUCAGAAAAGACAUAUCACAAGGACACAGGUCAGGGUCAUCGAAGAAGGAAUAUUUCAAGUAUAAGUGAAGAAGAGAGCUUACUUGAGGAUAUUAAAAAACAUAAAGACAGUGAUGACGACAAAAAUCCUCAGGAAAAAAUUAUUGAUAUUUUUGGAGACUAUUUAAUUGAGAAAAAGCAGAAAAAGAAGAAAAAUAAACAUAAAAGUCAUAAAGCAAAACAUAAACACAAAAAACACAAACAGAAACAUGAUAAAGCAAACGAAGAUUCUUGACUGACUGUUUUUAUAUCCAAAAUUCAUGUUAAUUACUACAUUGUUAAAUCAUUAAAUGUGUUUGUUUUUUGUCUUGAAUGCCAUGAAUAUCACAAAACGGGAGAUGUAAGGAUGUUAUGAUUCAAGAAGUGUUGCCUUUAUCCCUUAGCAUAAGAUUUUAUAUUUUAGAAGGUAGAAGAUGAGGACAACCCAUAUUUGGUACCAAUCUAGCAAAUGCCUAUUGUCCUUGACAUAAUUUUCAUGGUUCAUAACCACUUCAUAACAUUGUAUAGUUUUUCAUCAUGAGAUCU